AUAAGUGUCUAUGGAUUAAAAACUUACCAAAUAGUCUGUGGUUUCUCUUAGUUCACUGCUUUACUCACCAGCUGGCGCCCUCUUCUAUGAGAAUAGGCGCGACGUCAUCUGUCAACUUCAUAGCGUUCGUAAAUUUUUACCGCGCAAGCCGUAAAAAUUUUUCUUAAGUGUUUUUUAUUGUUAAAAUAAAACACAGUGUUUAGUGUUGGUGUUAGAAAAGUGCUUCAAGGUGAAAUGAGUGUGGAUAGAAAUACACAAUGUGCAAGUUCUGUCGCCUCGGACGAGGGACAGGCUUGUAACAGCAGCGGGGCCGAUGCAGGCUCCUCAUCUUCGGAGGAUGAGGCUGGCUUUGCUUCUCCACCACCUAACAAGCGUCGUCGUAGGUAUGUACAAAAUCCUUAUGCCGAUCCACGCGUCGAUGUAUUGAUGGAUCAAGUAAGUCGGAUUUCAAACUUCGUCUCCGAACUAACUAGUCAAACAAUGCAUAACACCAACACUCACCAGAUCAUAAAUAAUUGCUUACCAGGCCCUAGUCACGCUGUUCAGUCUAGUAAUUUGGAGUCAACUUUCCUUAAAAGACCAUGUACUUCAUCAAAUAACCUCACUUUAGGUGAAUUAAACAUUGAUUAUGAUGACAAGAAGAUUAUACCUUCUGCUGAUAAAGACCGCCUAUUAGAGCUGGUAAAGUACCAAAAAUUCAACACUCAAGCCUGGAAGGGCAUUCGCUAUAAAAAAGCGAUGCAGUCUUAUGCUGCAACACCUGGGUUUAUAGGUCUUAAAAUAAAUGAAGAGCUUUGUCAUUUUAGUAAAAAUAAAGACUAUUUAGCAUCUACAGAGCAGCUAUUAGCUAGCUUAUCUAAUGUCUUACUUGAACAAAGACAAUUACUGCAAACAGGACUGCGGGGGAUUGUUGACUGGGCCUCAGCGGAUGCAAAAAAUCUUAAUGCCAAUUCUCUCUGUGAGAGAUUUUUAACAACAUUUGGUCCCGGAUCUAGUAUAUCAAAGAAUUCUGAGCUGUCCAUGCAGAUAAUCUGUGGAAAAAGGGCAGAGUGCAUUGAAGUUAGGCGGGAUCGCAUUCUUAAAGAAAUAGCAAAUUCAAACCUCAGAGCUACUUUACAAAACGUUCCACCCAGCUCGGAAUACUUAUUUAGUCGAGAGGGCUUACAGCCUAUUAUUCAGUCAUUAGGUGGUUCACAGACUUGGUUGAAUACACCAAGUUACUUAAAAGAAAAGAGGUCUAGUACUUCAUUUAAUCAACAUUCAAAUAAGAAACAGAGAUUUCCAUCUACUAGAUCUUAUAAAGAGGAGAGAAAAAUAAAGACGAAGUGCUACAGUUGACUGCCCUACCAUUUGGCCUAUCGUCUGCCCCCCGUUUAUUUGCAGCGGUGUCCAAUUGGGUUGCGGAAAUCCUACGGACAAAGGGGGUGCGACUGCUUGCAUAUCUAGACGAUUACCUCCUGGCGCAUCAGAAUCGUGCCAAACUUGUCACUCAGGUUGCGGAAACGCUGAGUGUUCUAGAAUCACUAGGUUGGCAUGUCAACUAUCAAAAGUCCAGUCUCAUACCAACACACGAGUUGGAAUACCUAGGACUUACCUGGAAUACCGAAAUCAAUUGCCUGUCAUUGCCCCAAAUGAAAAUAAUGAAAAUAAAGAAUAUCAUAUCAAGUCUGCUAAAAAAAGGAUGCUGCACCCUGAAAGAGAUGCAAAGUCUAUUAGGCAUGUUAAAUUUUGCAAAUUACUCAAUUCCAAAAGGACGUCUGCAUUGCCGCAAGAUGCAAAUAUUUUUGAAAAAAUUUCAUCAGAACCGACCCAGAGACAAAAAAG